ACCAGUGGCCCGCAUCCCCCACCCCGCGCGAUCAUAUCAUUUGUUGUAUAAACCUGUAGAUAAGUAGAUGUUUUAGAUUGAAAUAGAUAACAUAAAUACAUUAAAAAAACGAGAAGAAAGGUGGAUGUCAGUUGUGGUAUUUUGAUAUUUGAGACGAAGGAGAGAGAGAGACAACUCAAGGAUCCAAGAAUACAUAUAUAUAUAUUUUUCUUCAUGUAAACUUUUUUACUUUUUUUCGAGGGGAGGCACAACAGUUUCGUACUCAUUAUUCUAAGGCACGUGUCACCCUGAAGAUACACAGAUCUGUAACAAUGUCAAGUGGACAAGUGGAGAUGCUGAUGAUGCUCCUGCUAGUAUGGGCUGUAAGGGCAUCGGACGGCACAACAGAGGAGCCAACCAACACAGGGGAAGAUUUCAGCCUCACAAUCGACGCCGAGAACCCAGACAUGGCAUUCGACCCCCCUGAGGCUCACCAGGUGGCGUCCCCGGGGAAGGUGUCGGCCACGCAGCCUUACAUAGACCCUGCUACGCCUCUGCAGGUGAAGGCGUACGUGGGAAUCACCGCUUCCAUACCCUGCAUUGUCAACAACCUUGGACAACGCUCAGUAUCCUGGGUCCGUCACCGCGACAUCCACGUCCUGACCGUCGGCCGUUUCACCUUCACCAACGACGACCGGUUUGUUGCUCUCCACGAGGACGGGAGCAACGCCUGGAUACUCAGCCUGAAGUCUCCAAGCACUAAUGACUCGGGGAUAUACGAGUGCCAGAUCAACACCAAACCAACGCUCUCCCAGAUGAUAACACUCGACGUGGUUGCCGGGGCUGAGGCCCGGGCGCCUCCUCCAGACGGCUCCGCGGAAGAGGCCAUUCCUCCGGCUGAUACGGAGACGCAAGCCCGCUCCUCCUCGCGGCUGAUAAGAGUGAAAUGCGAGGGCAUUUGGUGCUUAAUGAAACCUCAAGCAAUAAUCACUGCGGGUCGAGAGUUAUACGUCGAUGCCGGUUCAUCUCUAAGCCUCACCUGCCAGAUCGUCAACGCCCCAGCUGCUCCCGAGUUCCUUCUCUGGUACCACGAACAGCAGGUAGCUAAUUACGUAGAACACGUGCACGUCGACACAAACCACGUGAAUGGGACUACAACCAGUACUCUCGUGCUGGACGAAGCUCGUGUGCAUAACUCUGGGAAGUACACGUGCAGCGCCUCCAAUGCACGGGAGGCUUCCAUCAUGGUGCACGUACUCAGCGGUGAGUAUGGCAUGAGUAAGAUAAGGAUGAAUUUUUAG